AUGUCGUGUGGAGAUCAGGGGCAGUACCCCUGGAUGCCGACGCUGUACCGGUCUGUUGUGGCGCCGGUGCCGUGUGAGGAGAGGGUGAGCCGGCUGGAAGCGGAGAUCCAGGGCUUGAUGAACGUGAUCAGUGAGCAGCACCGCUACAUCCAGGAGCUCCACAGCAGCCAGGCGCAGCAGCUGCAGCAGAUCCCCAACUCGUACCUGGGCCUGGACGACCUCUACAGAGACUGCUCUGAGGUGUUUGAGGAUGGAAACGUGGCCAGCGGGCUGUACGUGAUUCGCCCGGACGGUGCUGCCAUGGCGUUGAGCGUGUACUGCGACAUGAACCACGGAGGAGGGUGGACCGUCUUCCAGAGGAGGAGAGACGGCAAAGAGAGCUUCGACAGAGCGUGGGUGGAGUACAAGCAUGGAUUCGGAGACCUCUUCUCUCCUGCUGGAGAGUUCUGGUUGGGCAAUGAACCCCUGCACCAUCUGACAUCACAAGGGAACUAUGACCUGCGCAUCAACAUGGAGGACUUUGAGGGGAACGAGCGCUACGCUGAGUACAAGAGCUUCAAGGUGGACGGCGAACAGGUGAAACUCAAACUACGGUCCAGCAGCAGCAUCAAGGUCACCGCCGUUCUGUUCCCAGCGGCGUUCCUCUCCCUCUCAGUGUUCCUGCUGAGGAUAAACACAGAUAAACAGCAGGGAGCUGCAGAAUAUUCCGGAGUGUGUAACGCAGGUAACCUGAACGGUCACUACUACGACGGGCCGUUCAAAGCCAUGACGGACGACGGCGUGGUGUGGUACACGUGGCACGGCUGGGCCUACUCCAUCAAGUCUGUCGUCAUGAUGAUUCGAGCGUCCGACCUCGAAGCGCCGCCGCCUCCAGCGGACGUUUACCUGCCAGGCGGUCCUGACGUGGUCCCGGCGGCGGGCCGAGGCGCUCCGUGA